UAUGUAAUUUAUAGGAAAAAUAUAUAGAUACUGCAGGUGUCUAACAAGAUGUCACUCGUUCAUACAGAUCCUUCUCAACGCACUGUGUAACUAGACCCGAGGUGUUAACUCGUUUCCAGGUACUGAAGGUUGGCUAGUACUCCAUGAACUCUUCGACCCUACAUCUAUUACGACACAAGAAUUAGUGCACGAACCGUACGCGAUUACAGGAAAAUGUCUAUAUAAAACGGCGCAUUUUCUUCCUUGCGACACGCAUAUAUGCCGCCGUCUGUGCAUAGAUUCUGUUCAAUUUGUAAAUAUAACGAAUGAAAACAUGAUCCUAUAUUUGUUGGUCAUAGUGGGUGUGCUGUGGAUGGUUCUCUUUAAGUUGAAAAGGCGGCGAAUGUACAAGCUAGCGGCGCUGAUACCUGGGCCUGCAGAAGAGCUGCCAGUAAUUGGUGUCGCUCAUUGUUUCUUGGGAGACGCGGAGGGUAUAAUGUCGGCAUUACAAUAUUAUAGCUACGGAAGUAUGCAACAUGGUAUAAUCCGCGGAUGGCUUGGUCAUAUUUUAUAUUUUCUCGUAGUUGAUCCUGUGGACUUAGAAAUGGUAUUGAAGACGUGUUUGGAAAAGGAUGACUUGCACAGAUUUAUCAGAAAAGUUAUCGGUUACGGGGGAAUAUUUGCGCCUGUUUCAAUAUGGAGACGAAGGCGCAAGAUAUUGAUGCCAGCGUUUAGCCCGAAGAUUGUCGAGAAAUUCGUAGGAGUGUUUUCAGAGCAAAGCGAGAAGUUAUCUAAAAGGUUAGAGGAAUCUGCUAAUGGGGAGGAGUUUAGCAUUUGGUCGUUCUUAUCGUCGUAUACUCUAGAUUCGGUUUGUGAGACAGCUAUGGGAGUUAAAAUGGGCGCCCAAGAAAAUCCAAAUUCUCCAUUUCUGUCGUCGAUGAAUGCUCUGCUAAACGUAGUUUGUGAGAGAAUAUUUCAUUUGUGGUUACAACCAGACUGGAUCUUUAAAUUUUUCCCACAGUACAAUAUACAUCAAGACUGUAUUGGUGUGUUACAUGGUUUUACAGAUGAGGUUAUACAGAAGAAGAGAGAGGAAUUGAAAAAUGAGAAAAAGUCCCAACCCGAAGUUGACAAACAAUUUGAUCUACAAGAUUACAGAACGAAGAGUUUCCUGGAUAUGCUGAUAAGUUUAUCGGGUGGAGAGAGGGGCUACAACAAUGAGGAACUGCGGGAAGAAGUAUUAACCUUAACGAUUGCUGGGACUGACACCUCAGCUGUUGCUAUCGGAAACACAUUGAAAAUAUUAGGGAAAUACCCCAAAGUCCAAGAGAAAUUAUAUACCGAACUUAUGGAAAUAUUCGGCGAAACAAAACGGCCACUAGUCAAAGAAGAUUACACAAAAUUAAAGUAUUUAGAUAGAGUUGUGAAGGAGACGCUGAGGUUAUUUCCACCUGUGCCUUUUAUAAUAAGAAAAGUCUUGACGGACACCAAAUUACCAUCUGGUCACGUUUUACCCGCGGGCUCGGGGGUAGUAGUGUCCAUAUGGGGAGCUCACAGAGACCCCAAAUACUGGGGACCUGAUGCAGACAACUUCGAUCCGGACAGAUUUCUUCCAGAACGGUUCAACUUGGUCAACUCUUGCAGUUUUAUGCCUUUCAGUAAUGGACCUAGGAACUGUUUAGGAUACCAAUACGCACUAAUGUCCGUGAAGACGGCAGUCUCAGCUAUUUUAAAGAACUACAAAGUGGUGGGCUUAGAAGAGACGAGCCCCGCGCCCAAGAUGAGAGUGAAACUUGAAAUAAUGAUGAAAGCUGUGGAUGGAUACCAGAUUGCAUUAGAAAAACGGACAUCUUUAAUGAUUGUAUACUUGGUUGUUAUAUUGACUGUGCUGUGGAUGGUUCUCUUUAAGUUGAGAAGGCGGCAGAUGUAUAAGCUAGCGGCGUUGGUACCUGGACCUGAAGAAGAACUUCCAAUGCUUGGUAUCGCGCAUUCAUUUCUUGGGGAUGCAGAAGGUAUAAUGUCAUCAUUACAGCAUUAUAGCUAUGUGGCUAUGAAGCAUGGUAUAAUGCGCGGUUGGCUCGGUCAUAUUUUGUAUUUUAUUGUAGUUGAUCCUGUGGACAUAGAAAUGGCGUUGAAGACGUACAUGGAAAAAGAUGAUUUGCACAGAUUUAUGCAAAAAAUCAUCGGCUAUGGUGGAAUUUUUGCACCAGUAUCAAUAUGGAGACGAAGACGCAAGAUAUUAAUGCCAGCGUUUAGUCCAAAAAUUGUGGAGAGAUUCGUAGAAGUAUUUUCAGAGCAGAGUGAAAAGAUGUCAGAAAAGUUAGCGGAGUGUGCUAAUGGGAAAGAAUUCAGCGUUUGGUCGUACUUAUCGUCGUAUACUCUUGAUUCGGUUUGUGAAACUGUGAUGGGUGUCAAAAUGGACGCGCAAAGCAAUUCAGACUCCCCUUUCCUGUCGUCAAUGAAUACUGUGUUAAACGUGACCUGCGAGAGGAUAUUCCACCUGUGGUUGCAACCGGACUGCAUUUUCAAACUUUUUCCUCAAUACAAAGUGCAGAACGACUGUAUUGAUGUACUCCACGCCUUUACUGACGAUGUUAUACGAAAAAAGAGGGAAGAUUUGAAGAUUGAGAAGCAGUCGCAACCUGAAGCCGAUAAACAAUUUGAUUUACAAGGCUACAAAAACAAAAGUUUCCUGGAUAUGUUGAUAAAGUUUUCGGGUGGAGAGAGGGGCUACAACAAUGUGGAACUGCGGGAGGAAGUACUUACUCUCACAGUAGCUGGUACCGAUACCUCAGCUGUGGCUAUCGGGAAUACAUUGAAAAUAUUGGGAAAAUACCCAAAAGUACAAGACAGACUGUAUGCUGAACUUAUAGACGUAUUUGGAGAGAUAAAACGUCCACUAGUCAAAGAAGAUUACAGCAAAUUAAAGUAUUUAGAUAGAGUUGUGAAGGAGACGCUUAGGUUAUUUCCACCUGUGCCUUUUAUAAUAAGAAAAGUCUUGACGGACUCUAAAUUACCAUCUGGCUACGUUUUACCCGCUGGCUCGGGGGUAGUGGUGUCCAUAUGGGGAGCUCACAGAGACCCCAAAUAUUGGGGUCCUGAUGCAGACAACUUUGAUCCGGACAGAUUUCUUCCAGAACGGUACAACUUGGUCAAUUCUUGCAGUUUUAUGCCUUUCAGUAAUGGACCUAGGAACUGUUUGGGAUACCAAUAUGCUAUGAUGUCUGUGAAGGCAGCAGUCUCAGCUAUUAUAAAGAACUACAAAGUAGUGGGCUUAGAAGAGACGAGCCCCGCGCCCAAGAUGAGAGUGAAACUGGAAAUAAUGAUGAAGGCUGUAGAUGGAUACCAGAUUGCAUUAGAAAAACGCACCUUGUAGCAUACACGAUUAGAAAUAUGUUGUGGUACAUAAGACGUGCAGUUUGCUAAACUGAGUGUAAUUUAUUAGUAUAUAUAUAGAAUUUAGUAGUUGAGUUGCAUUUGUUUUUUAAUGAUUUGGUUAAUUUAUAUUUAUUAUGUAUUGUCUAUAAAAUUGAAGAUAUUAUAGUAUUAUUAUUAUAUUAUUGUAAGAUACUUUUAUAGUAACGUAUUUAAUAGACGUUCAGCUUUCACACCAGGAGGGAGGAGGUCUCUUAGUCGUGCUC